AUGGCAGAAGAUGAAACAAAAGCAUUGAAGGAGUUCACGGCUCCUACUGCACUCACAACAUCAUCUUGUAUUGUUGUAGCUCCUAUUCCUGUAGGAGUGCGUUUUGAGAUUAGACCAGCAACAAUCCAAAGCUUGCCUAAUUUUUAUGGGAAGACAAAUGAAGACCCUUAUCUCCAUGUGGAGGAAUUCAAAGACAUAUGUGGGACUUUUCGGUAUGAGAUAUCAGAUGAGCAGAUCCGUUUAAGGCUUUUUCCUUUUUCAUUGAAAGACAAGGCAAGAAAGUGGCUAAGCUCUCUUCCCCCUGGGUCCAUCAAUACUUGGGAUGAUUUGGUUAAAAAGUUCUUGUUGAAAUUCUUCCCAGCUAAGAAAACUAAUGCUCUCCAAGCAGAAAUUUUUGGUUUCUCUCAACCCGAAGGAGAACCUUUUUAUGAGAGUUGGGAGCGUUAUAAGGAUUUGUUCUUGAAGUGUCCUCAUCAUGGAUUUUCUAAACCCCAAAAGGCUCAAUUUUUCUAUAGAGGUUUGAACUCCCAAAGUAGAAGUAUGGUGGAUGCUACAGUUGGUGGAAGCUUGAUGGGAAAGACGGCAGAUGAGGCAAUUCAAGCUUUUGAGACUAUAUGUGAAAAUUCACAGCAAUAUGAUCCUUAUACAUCAGUGCCCAAAAGAGGAGGACUAUAUGAGGUUAGUGCAAGUACUAAGUUGGAAGAGCAAGUGGCAACCUUGGCGAGACAAAUGAAGAGCCUUACUCCUCUGUUAAAUAAGGCUGCAAGGGAGACAUGUGCUUCGUGUUCAAGUAUUGCACAUACCACCGAGGCGUGUUCUGAAAAUUUCUUCCAAGAUGAGCAAGUCAACAUGGUGAAUAAUUAUAGAAGGCCUGUGAAUGAUCCUUUUUCAAAUACCUAUAAUCCAGGUUGGAGACAACAUCCAAAUUUCUCUUAUAGCAAUAAUAAUCAAGUGCAGAUGCCAAGGAAUCCUCCCAUGCAAAAUUAUCAAGGGCCGGUUGAACAAAAGAAACCAUCUCUUGAAGAAACCAUGCAGCAACUUGCACAAAAUCAGAUGGAAUUUCAAAAGGCUAAUGCUCAGAUGCUUCAAGCUAUUCAAGAGACUAAGAAAGAGCAGCAAGUUCAAUCUCAAGCUAUUUCUAAGCUAGAAGUUCAAGUUGGUCAGAUUGCCACUGCUUUGAAUGAGAGAGAACAAGGGCGUUUACCUAGCCAAACUUGA